AUGGGUCUAUUUGGUUACUACAGAAAGGUACGACAUAUUCCCGACCUGAGAAAGAAUUUGAUUUCUGUCAGACAACUUGAUGAUAAAGGGCAUGCGAUGUUGUUCACUGUUGGCACUUGGAAGGUUACAAAGAGAGCUAGAGUAUUGGUUUGUGGAAAGAAGUCUGUUAUGACACUUGCUAAUAUCACAUCCAACAUCAAUUAUAUUCCUAUGCUAAAUGGCUCGAACUUUAAGUCAUGGAAGGAGAACCUUUUAAUUGUUCUUGGAGUCAUGGACCUCGACCUUGCGUUAAGUGUUAAUUCUUCCCCACCUAUUACGGACAAAACUACCUCUAAUGAGAAAAGGGACUUUGAAAGGUGGGAAAAAUCAAAUCGUAUGUAUAUGAUGAUCAUGAAGAGAGCCAUUCUAGAAGCAUUUAGGGGCACUAUGUCUGAUUGUAUAACUACAACUAAGGAUUUCCUUACCGACAUUGAAAAGAGGUUUGUCAAGAAUGAAAAGUUUGAAAUUAGUACACUCUUGACAAGCCUAAUUUUAAAGAGGUAUAAAGGUGAGGGUAACAUUAGGGAGUACAUUCUAGAAUUGUCUCAUCUUACUUCUAAGUUGAAAGCACUUAAGCUUGAACUGUCUGAGGACUUGUUAGUGCAUUUGGUAUUAUUAUCCCUGCCGGCACAGUUUAGCCAAUUUAAGGUGAGCUAUAACUGUGAGAAAGAGACCUGGUCUCUAAAUGAGCUCAUCUCACACUAUGUACAGGAAGAGGAAAGACUUAAGCAAGAUAAGGCAGAGAGUGCUCACCUAGCCUCGACCUUCAAAGAAAAAAAAAGGAAAGAAGAGGAAGAAGGAUAG